AUAAAGGGUGAUGAAUGCUGAGCAAAUCACAUGAAUGCAAAGUAUUUUUGUGACAUUUGCUACACAACAAUCUGAUGGUGAUUUUAAUCACAUGUGAUAUCUCAUGUCAGAGUCAAUUUUCCUCGUUUGGUUGAGAUUUGAGAUAAUCGGGUCCAAAGAGGGCUUGGAAUACCUUCAGUAUAUCGCUCCUGGUCACUCCUUGGAUGAAGAGUUACAACAAAAGUCUAAGAGAACAUAUGCUGAAUCAUUGUCCUGCUCAUCUUCAUCACAAGAGAGAGAGGACAACCCACAGACAAAGGAAGACUUAAUCAAGGAGUGCCAAGGAAACAGAAAGUUCUCUGAUAUUACAAUAGAGACAUAUUAUUAUGAAAAUAUGGAGGAAAACAAAGAAGAAAAGUCUGAUUUACAUCAGAACACCACCACCCAAGGAUCAGAUUCACCUGAUUUACAUAAACAUACCGAUAGAAAAUCUAGCUCUAGGGAACCAGAACUAACACGGUCCAGAGAGGGAUCAGAGUCCUCUACAGCUUCCAUGGGUGGGGCGAACAAGAUGGGGCCCAAGGAGGCAUAUUUCCGACCAAUCCGAUCUUACAUGGAUGAAGGGCCUGGACCAGCUCCAUCCCCACCAAGGUCUUAUGGAGAGGAAGGGCCAGGACCAGCCCCUUCUCCAACCAGUGGUGGUUCCUCCCGGCCCGGUAGUGGCAGGAAGAGCCACAGCCCUUCUGCACGUUACCCUGCCACCAUCCACUACUACUCCGGCAAUCCUGCUGUGGAGUGUGUCCAGGGUGUCUUACAUCUGUACAAAGACAAACUCACGUCGACACUUAAGCCUACACCUGUAAAGGGAGAUCACAGUCGUAGUGAGUUGAUCUGUAUGUUGUCCGUUCCUGGGGCAUACACAGUUCACGAUCUUCUCAAAUUCACUGCUCCAGUCAGUGAAGGGAUUGAGUAUAUGAGGAUUAUAAGAGAUCCAAGUCCUAACCAGUUUAUGGUGCUGCUCAAGUUCAGGAGUCAGGACCAAGCAGAUGAGUUUUUCACCACCUACAACAACUCUCCAUACAACUCUAUAGAGCCAGAUAUCUGCCACCUCAUCUAUGUUGCCAGGGUCGAGACAAUGAAGGACACUGAGGGUGCUUGUCUGCCCACCCCAGGCAUCACUGAACUACCCUGCUGUCCUGUCUGUCUGGAGAGAAUGGACGAGUCAGUAGAUGGGAUCCUGACCAUUCUGUGUAACCACGCUUUCCACACUAAAUGUCUGGAACAAUGGGGAGACACAAGCUGUCCGGUAUGUCGGUACAGUCAGACACCUGAGGAGUCGGCCAACAACAGAUGCAUGAAGUGUUCUUCACAAGAAAGCCUGUGGAUAUGUCUGAUUUGUGGACACAUCGGAUGUGGACGUUAUGUUGGUCUCCAUGCCUACAAGCACUUUCAAGAGACUCAACACACAUACUCCAUGCAGCUGGGUCACAACCAAGUGUGGGACUACGCCGGCGACAACUACGUCCAUCGUCUUGUUCAGAGUAAGGGUGAUGGAAAACUUGUCCAAGUGGGUGAAGGUGGUAGUAGUCAAGUCCAGGGCGAGAAACUCGACUCGAUCAGUUUAGAGUAUACCUACCUACUUACCAGUCAGUUGGAGUCCCAACGUUUCUAUUUUGAAGAGAAGAUGAACUUUGUGGAACAGGAGGCUCUAGAAAGAAUACAGCAGCUGGAAAAGCGACACCAGGAAAACUUCAACGAGUUCCAACAAGUCCAACAAAUGUUAGCUGAAACUCGAAAAGAAAAACAAGGACUGGACAAAAAGUCGUCAAAUCUGCACAGCAGACUAACAAAAACACUGAAGGAGCUACAGGAAGAGCGGGAGAUGAAUAAAUGCUUACAGGAGAAUCAGGGAGCGUGGCAGAAACGUGUGGAGAUGCUGGAGGGACAGGUCCGCACUCUGUCUGUAGACAAGGAAAAGGAGAUUCAAGAACUGCGAGAUCAGUUACGAGACGUGAUGUUUUAUCUGGAGGCUCAGCAGAAACUGGCAUCGACCACGGCGGUAUCUCAGGAGGAAAUACAAGAAGGUCAUGUAGUUGUCGGGGCAACUGGAUCCGCUCCUUCUCCUUCACACAAAAGAGGUAGAAAAAAGGACAGAUAACUGUGAUUUAAUGUGUAAUUGUGAUAUACCGCCAUUAUCAUAAUGGGGGAAAAGCUAAUUUGCAAUAUCUUAGGUGUCUACUAUGCUAACUGCCGGAAAUAGUUUUCUAGUAUAUUGUUAUAUAUUGAUUAGCAAAAUGCUUUUUGGCCAUUAUUUUAAAAGCGUUUCACGCCCGGUCGCUCAUGAUUGAGUAAGAACUCUUCCAAAUAGUGCUACAGUGUGUAAUUUCAGAGAAUAAUAAAAGUAAGCCUUUCUAUGGUAUUUUGAUGUACAUUAUGUAGGCAAGAGAUUUGUUUUUACGGUGCCGUAAUUUAUCUUCAAAAGAAAAAGAAAGUCACUUAAAGUUGUUUUUAUGAAGAUACUGGUAAAGAAUUUUUGUUUUUCAGAUGUAAGAUUAUGUAGACUUGUUGUUUGUUUGAAUAUUUAUACCUUUGUAUACAGUCUGUUAUAAGAAUGAACCAUUGUAUGUGAGCAUGUUAAAAGUGUACUUGUAAUUGAACAUUACUUAUAUAAUGAUUGAACAGCAUUUUGUGUUUUGAUAAAUGAAAAACUGUCAUUACUGAAAAAUAAAUCUGAACAUUAAUACAUUCCUUUAAAGCUUAAACUUUCCACAAUUUAAACCUCUGACCCAGAAUAAUCCUUAAAGGAAACAUAGUUGUUUUAAAGGAUGGCACCAUCCUAAAGGGAGGCUUGGUUACGGAAGCUCGGUUUGAAGCUGAAGUUCUAAUUGCUGGUACUUCGGAAGGGUCAACGGUUGUAAGAAACUUGUUGGGAAAUCACAUUUCAGGAAAGAUAAUUCGAUUGUACUAUACAUUAAUGCUGUAGUCAGAUUAGUUACAGUUGUUUUUUUUCAGAAUUUUUUUUACGCGUUUUGGACAUCAAUAGCUUAAUUUAAGUGUUUUAACUCAAUUUUUAUUGAAGUAGGAUCAUGGGCAUUUUUCCUGAAAUAUACAGUGUAUGAACAUAAUAAAGUUUGAAUUAUAGAAGAUUGAAGCAUUUACCAAAGAUGACUAUUUAUUCUGUUUAACCAAAGUGAGAAUUGUUAAGUAAGAAGUGUCUUAUUUUAUAGGUGUGGCUUAAGUAUGUGUGGAUGGUCAAACACUUAAUGACAUGAUCCAAGUUGAUAGAUGUGUAUAUAGAAGCAAAUAUUGAUAAGUGUACUUUAUAAGAAUGUGAUAUUUUCUAAAAUGUUGAUAAGUGGUUUCUGUUAAUUUUCUUAAAAUGUCUUCUUUUUAGCUCACCGGUUAUGAGUAACCGUGAGCUAAUGCUGUACUCCCAGCGUCUGCGUAGGUUUCCCACCCCACUUUAAAGUUUUUGGGGUAAAUUUUUGGAAAGCUUGUAAGUCCAAAAGUAUACACCUCACAACCUUCUAAUUUGGUUUAUACAUUCUUUAGAGGUCCAGGAGUGGUGCUUUGCCAAAAUCAUGAAGAAAAAAAUUCUAAUUUUUUUUUCAUUUUACCAUUUUGUGAACUUUUUUGGCACCAAAACCCACAGCCUUUUUUUGCACCAAAACCCACAGCCAUAUCAUUCCUCAACUUGGAUUCAAGCUUUCUGGAGAAAGUUUUUAUGAUAAUUGUUGUCACCAUAACCAUGCUAGUCAGGAUUUGUUUGUUUGUUUGCUUGGUUUAUCGCCCUAUAAACAGUAGUAGCUGGUGACUACUUCACUAAACAACAUGCAGGAGGCACGUCGCAUGUCAUCCAGAGCAGGUAGAGUAAAGUGUCUUGCCCAAGGACUCAACCACUAUAGCAUAGACCAGAUCGUUUCUUAGCUUCCUAAGAAACACAAACGUAAGCAUUGAACCACACCUCAGAUCUUCACCUUGGGUUAGACAUCUGGCUCUCUGACUGAGCUAUCGCGACCUUGACUCGUCAGGAAAAUAGGUUGUUUUCAUGUAGUAGGUAAAUAACUCAUGUCAGGUAUUAUGUUUUGUCUAUUUCGUGUCAAAGUCUAGAUUAAAUCAUGUCUGAAUAUUUUCUUCUCCCAUUCCUAUGGGUGCAAGAUAGAAAUAUCGAUAAUAAGAAAGUUGUCGGUUUAGGAUGUAAGAAAGAUCUGAUUUCUAGUACAUUUUAUGUGGCUCUUAUAAAGGCAUUACAAUGUGAGUGAGACAGAAAACUUCUGUUCUGUUCAUGGCCUCGUUUACUACAUGCCACAUCUGCAUGUAGGCGUGUUAAGCUUCAUCAACAGAUUUUAAUAAGAUUUUGUUGGAACUAUGACUUUGCAGAAAUUUCAUGUCCAAAUUUUUCACCAGAUGACAGAAUUAUUGACAAUACAUGCAUAACUCACUCUCACUCUUUAUUGGAAAUUUUUUUAUAUAAUUGUUGGAAAUUUUAGUAAAACAAUCACAAAAUUUGGUAUUAUACAAAUAUAAUUUUUUUUUAUAAUAUGGUAAAAUUAUUGGAAAUUUGGUAAAAUUCACGAUAACUUUUCAAAGGACAGUUUCACCUCAUACGUGUGUUUUUACUUUAAUACCGGUAUAUCAUCCUAGCACUUAAACAAAAAUUUGGGUAAAAAAUGCUCUCCUGAAGUUCAUCCAAUGUACAGCGAUUGAAAAAAUUAUUGGAAAAAUGCUUAAAUUUCUUUGAGAUGUGUUUGAACCAUGGUUUGGCGAGGAUUACCCAGUUGUAAGAAGAACAGGCCCUUGUUUCAUCAACAUUCCUUAACUUAAGAUUUUCCAUAAGAAAGCAUUAAAGAAUUAAAAAAAAACUCUUUGUUAAGGAACCUGUCUUAAAUUCUGUAACGCUUUCAUAUGGGAAAUUUUAAGUAGAGGAAUAUCCUUAAGUUAAGGAAUGUUGGUGUAUCUGGCCCCAGCUCAUUAACCUUAGGGACUGAAUAGUUGUAUCAUUGUUACCUCCCCCUCGUUGUUAGACAAAAUUCACUGCCAUGACUUGUCAAUCAUAUAUCAUCCAAUGUCUUAUUCCUACCUUAGCUAGGGAGAAGUAUGGUAGUUUUAUGUGUGUGUUGUGGAAGGUGAUAUGUGGUUCUGAAGCUUGAAUGUAAUUUUAUCCUUAAAUGUUAAUAAUAUUUUGUCUUGUUCUCUAUGACUGUUAUAUUGCCACAUAUUUAAAUUUUAUGAAAUAAAUGAAAUGCCAAAAUUAA